GACGCACUCUCGGGCCGAGCCCCGUCCGCACCCACAAAGGAGGGAAGAUGUCCGAGCCCAACAAGUACCGAGAGUGGAUCCUGGAAACUAUCGACUCUCUCCGUUCGAGGAAAGCCCGUCCGGACCUGGAAAGGAUUUGCCGAAUGGUCCGGAGGCGACACGGGUCGGACCCAGACCGAACCAGGACGGAGCUGGAUAAACUCAUCCAGGAGCAGACGGUGCUCAAAGUUAGCUACAAGGGAUCGAUAUCGUACCGGAACGCGGCCAAGGUGCAGAGGAAGAGCAGAAAGCGGAGCGAGUUCGGCGGCGGCGCGGAUGCACCGAGGGAGCGGACCAAACCCGACCAUCCGAACAACAACAACAACAACGGCGACAGCGCGCACAGCUUCACCGACCCGGAGGAGGGCGAGACGGAGCCGGAUCCCCGGGCCGAAACAUCCGUCAGCAGUCGCAGCAAAAAGCUCCAGUCUGCCUCCAGCCCGGGCAGCGGAAACGGGCGCCUCGGUUGUGGCGCAACAACGAGCUGCGCCGCCGGGAGCGGCUGUGAAGAGGAGAAAGCAAGUGCACCGAGAGACAAGGGAUUAGGACAGCAGGGAGAGGGCGGCUGCUUGCCGCUCGGAGGCAGCACGGGAGACCGGAAUGAGGAUGUUCCGUCCGGCGGAGGAAAGAAGCCCGGUGUGUGCGGUGCUGAGACAAGGAGCCAAACUUACUCCGGGAGCGACGGCCAAGCCCAGACACAGAGGCAGACCGAGUCUGGCCAGCCCAAACUUCGACUCGGAGGAGGAACCGCCAAGGCGGCGCACCGCCUCGCCAACUCCGAGCUGCGCGACCUGGCAGCUCUGUCCGAGAAGCCCCUCCGAGCGGCGGGAGGCGGAGGAGGAGGAGGGAGAGGCGGGGGUUCCGCCGCCGCGACCAGAGGCCACGUGAAGCCGCUGGGCUUGAAGGAGAUCCUGGGCUACCUGAGCAGCCAGGAGCGGCUGUCGGAGGAGAAGCUGACCCGAGGCAAAGUCAAGGUGGUGAUGGAGAGAGAGGUGGAGAGGGGCAGGCUGCGCAGGACGCGCUGCGGGAACAUCACUCUUCCUCUGCGGGGGUCGGAGCCGGACGAGCCCGCGCCGACUGCCUCGUCCGCCGACAGAGUCGCGAGGAGCGCAACGCAGGACAGGCGCGCGGCGAAGAAGUCGAGCACCGAAUCAGACGCGAGCUUCGGCGCUGUGCGGGCUGCACGCGCAGACGAGCGGGCGGCUCCCAGGGCGAGCAGCGCGAGGAGCCGCUGCCAGGCCGCCCGGCGCCCCGUCCUCCUGCUUCCUUCCCCCCUUUUGUUGGAAGUUCAUGCGGAAAGGAGCGCGCAUCGCAAGGCCGCGCGGCAGGCGGCGCCCGGCGUGGGACGCGGCAUCGACUUUAUUGUCUACUCCCCCCUCCACCCCCAAGCCCAUCCGGAGAGCGAGCCCAUGGAAACCGGUGAGGAGGAGGAGGAAGACAAUGAUGGAGACGAUGGUGAUCCCAGGAGUUCUGAUGAGGACGGAGGACUUUCCCCGGUAGCCAUGAAGACCGGAGCCGGACUCGCUCAGGAAACGGGAGAAGAUGCUUGCUGUCCGAGGGAGCAGCCGGAGGAGAGGCCUCAGCGGCAGAGGGAGGACGGAAAAGGGGUGAGUGAGCUUGAUUUUCCUCCGCUGUGCCGGUCUCCGCCCGCCGACGGAGCGCCGUGGUCUGAGUGUGACGGCGUCUGCUCCGAGGAGGGAGCUUUCUCCUCGGAUCACCUGGGCUACACACACCAGGAUGAAGUAAACCUCAGCACCUCGAGCUUUCACAACUUAGAGUACAAAACAGAGAUCGGAGCUUCGUCCUGCCUGCUCACUCCCACCGCCUCCCCCAGGGACUCCAGCCUCCCCGAGGAACGCGGCGCCACCGGCAGCAGUGGAGGGCACAUGAAGUUUGGCAGCACCGGAGUAAGCCCGGUGGACUGGACCGUGUCCGACGUGGUCAGUUAUAUCACAGCCGUGGGUUUCCCCGAGCAGGCGGCAGCCUUCAGGACACAGGAGAUCGACGGGAAGUCUCUCCUCCUCAUGCAACGCAACGACGUUUUGACCGGCCUGUCGAUCAAGCUCGGACCCGCCCUCAAGAUCUACGAGCGUCACAUCAAGGUCCUGCAGAAAACACACUUUGAGGACAAUGACUGCUACGUCGAUGCAAAAAAUACACUCGGACUCUUAUGUUAAUAUGUAAAUAUAGCUCAAGCAAUAACGACAGAAAAAGCAUGUCUUUACAUUCGGUCAUAUAUGUUUUGAGAAAAAGCAUCAAGCAAUCACGGCACAGCUUUUGUUUGGUCUAUGUAGGACUUUCGCAGGAUUUUGUAGGAGAAUUUUUUGACUGAAAGAAGCACAAAUGGUGGCCCAAAAAACAGUAGAAUAUGAGAACAUUUUCAUAUGAAUAGAUCAGACACAAAAAGGCAUUUUACUUUAUUUUUUAAAAAAUUGCA